CCUCUGUCAAAUUUCAAAACUUGUGUGACGCUUUGAUAAACUUGUGAAUAGUAUUGUAGAGUUUUAAAAUUAUUUGUUGAGUUUAUAAGCAUACAAACAGUUAUUAUGGAUGAAUCCUACUCCGAGAGUGAUGUUACACUAUCGCCUUCACAGAUAUUGGAACGUUUACAAGCUUUACGACAACUUCAACUACUACAGCGAGGUAAGCUGCACAAGCAGCGUUUAGAAUAUCAGGAUGUAUCUGAAAAUUCCUCCAGUAUCACUGAAAUUAUUAGCCAUUUCACGAACAGUAUCAGUUACAGCACGUUUCGUAGUUUGCUGCAAACUCCCCAAGGCAGUAAUGAAGCAAGCCCUCGUCUUAACACAAGUAGUCUAUCACAUAAGCUAGAAGAACGGGAUCUAGUUGACGGAGUUUCUGUAUUAAAUUUGUCCCAAGAAUCUGAAUUUAUCAUUAACUCUCCCAAUUCAGGCAAGAGUAAAAUUUCAGCUUUGAGUAAAUCAGAGUCAAUAAAAUCCCAGACAGAUAGUGUCCAAAACAAGGUUAAACAUCAGAAACAUAUUUCACUAGACGAAAUGCCCAUACUCUCACCAAAAAAAGAUUUUGAAGCCUUAAUAUUGGAAAAGUUACAAAAAGAAAAGCAAGUUGAUAAAGCCAAAAAUGCUCCAUUGGAAUCAUUGCCACUUCCUAAAAAAUCAUAUUUAAAAAGAGGUCAAGGUAUGGCUCGAUUUGGAUUGAAUAAGAAUAAUCUUGUUAUAGAGAACACAAAGUCUUUACCUUGGAGACAAAGAUAUCCUAAAUCAAAUAAGAACAAACAGAUUAAUGCAACUCCAAAAUCAAACAAUAAAAAGAACAAAGAAUUACCAGUUGAAAUAAUGACAUCUGGUCAGAAAGAUAAAUUACCAAAAAUAAUAGUCAAUAAAAGUGAUGCUACAGACUCUGGUCUUAAAGAUGUAAACUGUGACAAAAUUAUAUCACAUGCAGAAUCAAAAACAAGUGAGAGUAAACUAACUUCUACAGAGCCUAAACAUUCAAAUGUCUGUGCAUCACCAGUGCAACCGAAAGGUUUACUUGAAUGGCCUAAAGGGAAGCACCCAAUGAUGCAGAAUAAAGGGAAAACCUGGGCAGCAAUUUUGACAAAAGAACAAAAUGAUUUUCUUAUGCAACUCAAACAAAGUUCAUAUUAUAAAAAUUUUGCUUCUCCUGCCAAAAGCAUUACAUCUGAUAUCAGUUGUGAUGAAAAUCUGUCCCAAGUCAGACAAGAGCGGGAAACAAUUGAGCAAAAAAUGUUUGAAUUACUUGAAAGCAAAGUUUCUCAUGAAAGUUUCAACAUGGAAAAUUCAUUUUUCAAUAGGUUUUUCAGGAAAAGCAAGUUAGAAUGUUCUGGGGAGAGUACUCCUCUGGUAAUGCAGAAAUGUUUAGCUAAUAAUCCAGCUCUCAUGCACAUACACCCCGAGUUGAACUGUAGCAAGGGAAGUGAACACAGUGAAUUAGAGACUUGUAACAGUGAGUACACUGACUGCUGUAGUGAUGCUUGUUCUUCAGUCUCCAGUUGCUGUUCUUGUAGAACUGUAGAACAAGCUACUAACCCCAGACAAACACAACAAAAUCAAGUUCAAAAAAAUAACACAAAAAAAGUAUCACAAGUAAAAACUUCUCAAAAAAAGGUUGAUAACUCUAAUGAUUGUGAUCAAACUGACAAUGUCGCUGAGACUGAUGCCAUAAAAGCUAAUAUGGCAGAAAUGAAUGCCAAAUUAAUUGCUACCAGUGAGCUCUUAAAAGAUAGACUCAGGGAACUAGAAGAUGAAAUAGAAUCUUUUAGGAAAGAAAAUACAAAUUUAACAAAAAUGCGUGAAGAAUUUGAUCUGGAAAGGCAAAAGUUUUAUGAAGAAAAGGCAGGGUAUGAGCAAAAGUUCAAUGAAGAAAAAAUACUUUCAGAAUACUAUUUAGCUGAAGAAAAAGAAAAGUUGACUAAACAGAAGCAAAUGUAUGAAAGAUAUGUUAGAGAAAUCAGGGGUCGGCUAAACAAGAAGGACAAAGAUGAGGUUUUGAAUUUAAAGAAAGAGAUCAAUGAUCUCAAAGAUGAAAUUAGACUUAAAGAUGCAAAAUCAACUUCAACCAUAGCCCGACUAAGAAAUCAGUUAAAAAUUAUGGAUAAGGAGAAAAAAGACUUGCAGGCAGAAGUUGAAAAACUGAAAAAAGAAAAUCGGAGAAUCCAACAUAGUAAUGAAGUAACUAGGAGGUUAACUAAUUUAAAAUACUUAGAGGAGAUCAAUAAGAAAUUAAAUCACAUGACAGCUAAAGAGACACAAUCAGAAGUUGAUAUGGAUAACAAUGUGAAGUACAAAGCUUUUGAAAUUGAAAGACAAAGUAGGAGCAGAAGAGCUGUACCUUCAACUAAGACUGGUAUGAGACCUAGAGCAAAGAGUGUGCCCAACUUGAAUGUUACAUCUCGUUAUGCCAAGUAUUUCAGCCAGAGAGAUGUUGUCAGUCAAGCAGAGAAAAACAAGUCAUCAAAUGUAGAGAACUUUGGUACUUAUACUUAUCCAUCAGACAAUGAAGAUGGUGUAUGUGAAGAAGACAAUUUGAAUAUAUCAGACUCUGUUCAUGAGAAAGAUAUUAGUGAUAGUGAAAAUGAAAAUAAUUUGGAAAAAUUGUACACAGAGCGAUUUCAAUCCACAUCACCCAAAUGCAACAGAUCCAGUUCCACCAAUACUAACAGUGAACGGAAUAGUUUUGAGAGUAACAUUUCUGACCCAGAUCACUUCUUUUUACGGAAGUCUGCAAGUAGUAGGGACUCAAAAUCACCAGUUUCUCAAUCAAAUACACCUUAUAUUCUAAAUGGAAUCUAUAGUGGACCUAGUUCCAGUAAAUCGAAGUCUCCUGUAUCAAUACUUAGUCAUAAAGUAAAUAACAGAAUGUUAUCAAAUAAGGAUUUGCGCGGCUCUAGAGAAUGUAUAGCCAACAAUUCAUCUGGUCCUCCAAGUAGAUCUAAGUCACCACAUUCAAGUGGGCAAUUCUCAUCAAAUAGUUUUAAACCUGUAACUGUUGUGAAUAAAGCACAAUACAGGGACAGACUAUCAGCCGUCAGUCCUGAACCAUCCACUAGCAAAACUAGUUUAUCAAAGACAAACUUGAACCCAACAGAAACUUUAAAGCCAGAUGGCUCUAAAGAGCUUCGUUUCCCCAAUGGUAAUGUGAAAUAUAUUUCAGCUGAUGGGCUUUAUAGCAAAUUUAUUUACUACAAUGGAGAUAUUAAAGAAAACUUUUACAAUGAAGGCAGAAUCAAAUAUUUUUAUGCAGAAACAAAAACUUUCCAUACUACUCAUGCUGAUGGUUUAGAAGUGCUGGAAUUUCCUGACGGGCAAGUAGAGAAACGUUACAAAGACGGUUCGUCGGAGAUCAGACUGCCGAAUGGAAGCGUCCGCUACUUCGACCCCAAGAACAAGCACGUGCGGGAGGAGUGGCGCUUCCCGGACGGCGCCGCGCUCACCGUGGCCGCGGACGGGGAACAGAGGAUCGUCUUCCCCAAUGGACAGCUUGAAGUGCAUGCUAAAGACCAUAAACGCCGGGAGUUCCCCGACGGCACAGUGAAGCUGGUGUACAAUGACGGCACGUCAGAGACGCGAUACGCUUCAGGCAGAGUCCGCAUCAAGAACAAACACGGACACCUCAUCAUGGACUCCGCUCCUGGGUGACGACUAGAUAGUAUCAGUAGUUUAUCAUCAUCCUUACUUCUCUCUCUCUCAUCUGAGUGUUAUCCCGGCUUCUUCCGAAACCAUGGAGCGUCGAAGCCCAGAGUCCGCUAUCUUCAUCUUCCUUAUUAUUUCCCAUAAUUUGGGGUCUGCGCAAUAAAUCUUUUCUUUCAGUAAAUCUCUACUUCCUGCCAUAAUCGCGUCCACUUCUAUCUCCUUCACAUCCCUCUCACACAGUCCAUCCCAUCUCUUUCUUGGUCUCCAUCUUCUGUAACCAUUAACCUUCAUAUUCAGCAUUGUUUUAGUAAAAUGUUCUUUUCCUCAUUAGAUUAGUAGCAAUAGUUAGUAGUAGCUUAAAUAGAGAAUAGAAGAUGCCUUGAAAUUGUAUAUCGGCCGGACACUAUUUUUGUACAAAAUUAUGAAUUUGAUUCUAGUAAGAGUAUUUUCUAUGUGAGUGCGGUAGAAUCUCGAAUCUAUGCAGUUUUGUUGGCUUAUUAAAUACAUAAAUUUUUAAAUUUAGGCAUUUUAAUUUCUUCAUCUCUACUCUAUCAAAUAUCUUUGUGCAUGUUUUAAAUAUUAGCAAUCUUUACAAACAUCUCGAUUUUAUACUUCCUUCCCUGUAUAAUGUUAAAAAUGUGAUUGUUAUUAUUAUUAUUACAAUGCAACUUUGUUACUAUAUAUUAUAUAUUUUUGAUUGUGUUAUUUAUUUUAUGAGACACGUCUGCGUUAUUAACUAUCCGAUAAGUUGUUGAUAUGUAAUUAGAAAUGAAUUGAAUUAGUUAUGUAUAAGAAAAUAAAUGGAAAUUUAACUGCA